CAGCAGGUCCUUGCUAUUCGAGGUGGAAGAAAGGUUCAGUCCCACGGUCGCCUCCGAGAGACAAUCCAGCACGAGUGGCAGCAAGACGCGAAAUACACGGCAGUGGUCAAGGAUAAUGUCAACUUAAGUUUGGAGAAAAAGUUCAAAAGAUUCCAUCCUGGCUCUGUUGGCCAGGUUAGCUACUGGUUCGGGUGAUCAAGGUGUCAGGAAUAUUUUUGAGGGAUGUUGGUUUAACGUGUCAGCAGUCACUGAAGUGGUUUAUCUAACUUUUCAUGCUUGACGUUACUCGUGUGCAAUGAAACGUAAAAGCUUGAUGUUGAAUGAUAAUCUACGCGUUUGGAAAUCCUUAGAAGUGUGUUAGAAAAGCUAUGCAAGAAGAAAUGUUAAUUGAUAUCACGUCUGGAAAUCUGGAAAAAUAGCACACGAGUGAUGGGUGGGAAUUUUCAGAUGCUUUCCCAGCAGCAUUUUAAUACUCGAGAAGCCGUGUCCGUCUGUAUUUGUGUGCGUGUGUCUGUCGGAGGACAGAAGGUAUAUGGCGGAUAGAGCAGUUAGCCCAUCCUGAAUUAAGGUGUCGAAGGAAAAUUGACUGAAAAGUGUACACCUAGUCCAAGUGAUAAGAUGAAACAGUUAGCUUAAUUCGUCAAAAUGAUCGGGGCAACAUGAUGGAACAAGCUUACGGGAUAAUCUAGACACUAGUCGGGCUGACAGACAGCAGCACACACCAUCGUAAAUUCAAACUUGGGUGGAGGUGCUUCAAUCGAGUGUGUGAGUUUGUGUGGGUGGAAAGCUCAUUUUCCAUUUCGUACACAGUCCUUCCGCAGACUCCUCUUUCUUUGUCUUGUUUCCCCCAUGCAACAGUGGUGGCCUAUGAUUCCACGUGUUUGAAUGGUAUCUGUGCUGGCUCUGGCAGGCUGGCUGGUACGCCCAUCUGAUGGUUCAAACAAUCAUUGGAAGCCUUGAUUUCAUUCUCACGCACUCCGAAUUGGUGUGCCCGUUUCGACGAACAGGAAUAACGAUGUCAACUUAGCCGAAAAGUGGAUAUUUACAGUGCUCUUGAGCUUCGGAACCACCAGACAGAUAAUCAAUAUUUUAUGCAACAACAGCAAUAAAGGCAACUAUUUAACCACCGUUUAACCUGGUACAAAAUAACCAUCCUACAACGCAUUAAUUCACCAUCGCCACCCACCAGCAGCGGUCCGAUCGAUGAAUAACAACCAACGGUAAUGGUAUUAGAAGGAAACUUUUGAAACCCAUUAGCCGAGCAUCCUCAAUUCGAAAGUUAACACACCAACGAGCCCAUCAUUGAGCCGGAAGCAUAGCUGCAAAACGUUCGAUCCAUCCCGGAAAGUUAUCUGAACUUGCUCGUUUUCGCAAGGCGCAAGGAAACGGAGAAAAAAGUGAAUCAAUGCGAGUAUGGCAACCCCACCGGACAGUCCAAUCGAGGAGGUUAUAUACGAGUUGGAGCCCACCCGAGCACCGAAACCUAUUCCUGUGGCACUCGAGGACCUUUGCCAGCUCACAAAGUUCACCCGCCAAGAAAUCCGAGUCAUGUAUCGGGGAUUCAAAACGGAAUGCCCCGAUGGAGUAGUACACGAAGAUAGUUUUAAGGAUAUCUACGCGAAGUUUUUCCCCCACGGAAAUUCCAGCCUUUAUGCACACUAUGUGUUCAAAGCAUUCGAUGUUAAUUGUAACGGAUCCAUUAGCUUUCGGGACUUACUAGUGACUCUAUCAACGCUGCUGCGAGGUUCCGUUUACGAGCGAUUACGAUGGACAUUCCGAUUAUAUGACAUCAAUGGAGACGGCUGUAUCAGCCGAGGCGAACUAGGUGAAAUAGUGACUGCAGUGCAUGAGCUUAUGGGUAGGAGGCCAAACCAACCGGAUGACGACCAGAAAGCUAGAGAACAGGUGGAUCGAGUAUUCCGAAAGCUGGACCUCAAUCAGGAUGGCAUCAUCACGAUCGAAGAGUUCCUGGAAGCCUGUCUCAAGGAUGACGUCGUUACCAAGUCAUUGCAAAUGUUCGACACUUGCCUUUGAUGACCGUCGUCCGAAUGUGUUGCUGAUGGUCAAUUGAAGACAGCGGAUCUGGAACGUUUUGCGCUGAUACAUUUGUAGAAUAAAUCUGGUGGCGGGAAGGACUGUUAUUAUGAUUUAACCGGUAUUAGUUAGGCUAAAUUUCGCUAGAAUUAUUACUGUACUUUGAAAUGAACUGUUUUGCUAGUAUCAAAUCAGUAUAGUGCAUUGGUGUACUAGUUUACAUUCCAGAAGGCUGGAGACUCCUAUGGGACUUCUUUUCUGCUGAGUAUAGGAAUAGUCUGUAAACUCGGUGUCCCAACCAGUUGCUCACGGUAUGGUUUUGUGGGAAUAAUGCUGAAUGACAAUUUAUUUCUUGAAAAUAAUUGGAACAAAUUGUUCAUCGAUAUAUCGACGAAAAUUAUUUUCUGUUGAUACCGCUCGUCAUCCGGCGCACACCUUCUUCAACCACGGUCUAACUGAUUCACCCAGUGGCGUAGCCAGGGCCCCAAACCAAAAUUAAUUGGAUUGAAAAAAAAAUUGAUACUGACGAAUUUAAUUUAAUAUUCCACAAAAUAUUUUUGGAAAAAUAUUCUCUGAUCACUACAUUGAGAACUGUGUUUAAAGCGUCACUUUUAAACUUUUGGAAAAUUGUGGGAAGCGGAUCUUGUAACUUAUUUCUUAGCCAAAAUCCCAUAGUUGUCAAAUUACUUCAAUGUAAAAUAAAAUAACUGUCUGAAUUAUUAUGAGCUCAUUUUUGGAAAGAUGCUUCAAAAUAUAGAUUAGAGACAAUUUUUCGAAUGGGAAUCUAAAUUUGAAUAGGUUGAUUGCAUAUAAAACAUAAGCUUAUUUACCGAAAACUUGCAUACAUUUCAACAUUUGCUGAAAAUGUAUUUUUUUUAGAUUGUGUAGAGUUUAGACAACAAUUCAAUAUGGUUAACAACAAGAAUAACAUUUCAGAAACUAGUUGAAAGCUGAUGUAAUUUUGUCUCUAGCAGGUCAGGAUCGGUUUUAUGAGCAUUGGAUUUUUGUUGUAUUAUCAACUAUAUGAAUAGCCUCUUAGCAGGAUACAAUGAAUGGCGUACUAAAAUUUUGUGUGCUACGUACUGCAAGUUGUGAGGUUGACUAAUGAAGAAAAGUAAAAUUAUUGCUCUAUAAAUUUUUAACGGUCACGAUCACAUUCAUUCGAAACUGCCAAAUUUCGAUGUUAAGUAACAUUGAAGAAUUUCAAAACGUAAAACUGUUCAUCUGCUGAUAGAAUAAUUUUGACGGUUAAUCCUCCUAGAAGUAAUUAUAGAGAAGAAUUACUCUUCAAGCAAAUUUGGGUCUAGACUUAAUGUCUCCAGCAAAGUUUUCGAAAGUGCUAUUUCAAACAACUUUGUCAAAGACAUUAAUAUCCCACAUAUUCAGAGUAUCGAAUUAUAGUAGUAGAAAACCUUUACAACAAGCUAUUCUGAAAUUACUGUAUUUGAUAAAUCUCUUCUGCGGUAAUUAAAUAAUAAAUUCACAUUGCGUUCAAGGUGCCUUUGAACUUACAAAAAAAAAUAAGGGAACUGGAUUUAAAACAAAUAAUUCCCAGAUAUUAAAAGGACUCAAAAACACAAAGAGUGAUUCCAUUUUCAGGAGCUAGCAUCAAUUCGGCGCUAGCUUAGUCCGCCCACCAAGUUAGUGUCGGAUUCUGAUGAGAUGAAGUCGAAACGCAAGUUUCAGUUCCAUCCAUCCAUAAUUUAGUUAUAGGUUUUGUGUUCUCAACUCGCAAUGAUUGUUUCAAACAAUUUUAUCCGUAGCGCAGAAAAAAAAGUUUUCACCUAAAUUUUUCUUCACUAAGGAGAAAUAUAGCAUGCACAGUCCAUUUAAAUCCCUAUAUGUUGAAUUCAUGUAGCCUUCAUAUUUUCAACAAAAUUGUUUGAAAUGACAUUAUCAAAAACUUUGCUGAAGGCACCAUCUCUCUUAAUAUUUUUGAAAAAUUAAUUCACCAUAAUUACCUCUAUGAGAAUUAAUCACUAAAAUUUCUAUAUCAAAGCAGGCGCUGUUUUAUGUUGAUAACUUCCCGAAGUUGCCAAACCUUCAAAGUCUAGGAUUAUUAUAUUAGGUAAUCUUGAACGUUGAAAAAUUAUCCCACUUUAAAAGAUCGCAAUUUUUGACUUCAUUGACAUAUUAUACAAGAAAAUAAUCUAUAGAGGUUUGAAAACUGUUCCAUGUUGAUCCUUCUUGUUUGUAGACUGGAAUGACGUCUGUUAGACUACUUAUGUUUUUGAGUUUUCAAUAAUUUAUCAAACUCAUAUUAAAUUUUAAGAUUUUUUCAAAAAAUUUGCGAUUUUCAUCAAAACCCCCUCCAAACCAAAUUUCUGGCUACGCCACUGGAUUCACCCAAAUCUUCAUCCGACCCAUUUCUCUGAUGUCUGCUUUCUCUAUCUUCAAUAUUCGCUUACAGCACACCAUUGCUGUAAUGACUGCUGGCUAAAUUUGGCCAAAAUGUAAAUGGACUUCCGAAUACUUCCGAAUUCAAAGUCUCGUCACAAAAACAUUGGUUUUCUUGUCACUAUUUUUUUGCUAAUUAAAGGAUAUCGCAUCAUGUGACAAAGACGAGUUUGAGAAACAAAAGUUUACUACGUUGAAAAAGCGUUGAAAAGUAACUCCGUUUCAGAAUUAGACAUUAUAAUUCGACAGACUUUUCAGCUGGUUGGGACUUGAAUACGUGAUGGCUAAUUCUUUGCAUAUAUAGUCUUAUUUAUUACUGUCCGGGAAAAAAAACUAAUUCUUUUAAAAUUAUCGAUAGUUCGGAAAUGGCUGCUUGUCAAAUUACGAAUUCAUAAAGUAUAUGUUUGAGAAUUUCAUAUCAUAGUCCACAAAAUUAAAGCAAUAUUAUGUUAUGAUAAAGUAAUAUAAUAUUGUAACAGACUAGGAUAAAAUUAUGUUAUCAUAUACUUAAUUCUUGUUUUGAUAAUUAAUUUUAACAUUUAGAAAUGAACAAUUUUCAAGAAGCCAUAAUAGUACAUAUAUAGAGAGUUCAAAGGGAUAAUAAAAACAUAGUAAACCGUGAAUAAAUUAGAAACUGUGAAAUCAUCUCUGAGAUGAGUGUAUAUGAGUUACACUAGUUUAGGCCACAACAGAAUUGAGAAAACGCGUGUAGUUUAGAAGUAACGAUAUCGACUGGAACAGUAUUUUAAAUUGCGACAUAACCUUAGUGAUAGUCAAGAGUAAAGCAAAAACUUUAGCAAAAAGCGAAAAUUUAUUUCUAAAAAAAGAUUCAAAGAGGUAGAUUAACUUAAAGACACAGGCGUUCGUUGACAAUAGACAAUCGUUUUGACACAGAAGAGUAGCUUCAAAAGAGCUGCUAAAAAUUAUUCAUGCUGUGUAGAUAAAAUUAGAAAAAAAACAUCAACAAAGUUAAAUUACAUGCAAAUGACUUGAGGAAAAAUAAAUAACUAGGCAGGAACAUAAUGCUAAAACCUCACAAGAGAAAUCAUAAACAACUAUAAUUAGAAGAAGUACCUUGAAUUGUUUUUUUUUUUUCGUUAUCUGUAACAUAGUAACGCAAUUUUUUACAAUAAUUCUUGAUUUUGCAUGGUCAGAAAUGGUUGUAAACAAUAUCAAAAUAGUUUCUAAGCAUUCAAGGCGGAAACAUUAAAACACCAAUAAUGUAAGUAUUAGUGGCAACAUAACCAAAUCCAGCUAUAUAAUUUAACUCUGAAAGACUGUUCAGCUACUAUCGAACACAUGUGAAAACACAGUAUUAAAUAGGAAUAUGUGUUUGUGCUUUCUCCUCUGUGCGUUUCAUCACUACAAGAAUUCAAAAAGUUAUCGAUGUGUAUAAACUAGUUUAAUCACGAAUAUUAGCACAAAACUACCAUUCAAACAAUUUUGAUCUUCAUGUUUAGAGCAACAUUUGAAGCAAACUGUGCACGCAUGUCUGCCAAGCAAUUAUACCAUACAUAGUUCAGAGUUUACCAAUGGGGAAGUCAUCGAGAUUUUGGAACAUUGUACAGUUAGUGGCUUUGCAUAUAAAGCCAUAUUUUUACAAACAGUUUGCAAAAAGGUUAAACAAGUAAAGCUGAAACCGCAAUACAGGAAAUAUUUUAAAAGAACAGAAUGAGCAGAUACUUUUGAUCAUUUUUAUAGUGCAAUUAUGUACACUUUAACGAGUUGAUGACGAGCAACAGAAACGAAGGUGUAAAGAUAAGCGAAAUGAUAAGUUGAAACAAAGUGUAACUAUGAUGACUUCGGACUUGAGCCUCACGGCAUUUAUUUACAGACAUCAUCCUAACACGAAAUCAUUUGUUUUUUCUGUGCGUUUCCGCGCAAAUUGUAAACAUGUAAAAUGCUGAAACGACUUCCAGCGAGAACCAUAACGGAAUAUACACAAGCUUUCAAAAUAAUUACCGUAGAUUGAACGAAAAACCAUGUUCAAUGAUUCAAUAAACCACCAAAAAAACGGGUAUGCUGUUAGGUUAAAAUGAGUACCUGAUCAUUAGUUUUCUUCAGUCUCCUAUUUGACUUCGCCAAUCACCAUAUUAACUUGUCAGUCAGUCGUGACAGUAACGCAAUCCGGAAACCAUAUUUUUACUUAAACUUAUUUUGGCGUUGAAGCGUUAUUUUAAAGGGUGUUUUAAUUGUUUUUUUUUUCAAGAGAGAUUUUCUGACGAUUGAUAUUAUUUUAAUUUUUUUCAGUUUUCUUUAAAAUUUUAUCACGAAACAUGAACAACGUUUCAUAAUUUCGGAAUUUUGAAUCAAAAUAACCGUUCGAUCAAGUGAACUUUUCACCGGUUACUGCGAAAGAAUUAUCUUUUCAAGCGUGACUCAUGUUUGAUAAAAUGGGUAUAUAAACAAACAAAACUGCCUAGUCGGUGUGACGAGCAUCCAGAGCAGAUCCUAGAUAUUCCAUUACCCAUUCGAAUGGUAAUGGUAUCUGGUGGUCAGUUUUCUUCACAAAUUAUGCUAGAGCCAACGUCAACAUCACUUGCGAACAACCCUAGUAACAAUUGUGGUUUUAUGAUAGUUUUAUAGCUAUAAAACUCAUAAAACUUAGAUGGCACUUGUAGCGUGCUAUAAAACUUCAAUUGUUACUUGGGAAUGGUUGGACAUCGUCAAUAGCUGUUUGCUAUCAGAGACGGAUCCAGGUGGAGGGUCCUGGGGGUCCGGACCCCUUCCAAAAUUUUCAACUGUGUGUAGUCUGAAUUUCAUAUUAGUUUCAAACUUAAAAUAUUUUCAAACCUAAUCAAUACUGAUUUUCAGUCUUCCCAAAUGAACAUCGAACACCAUGUUCGCUCUAGCCCUGUGCUCAUCCUACACCAUCAUUUCGUGUGCAAACUCGAACGCGCUAAUGCGUACCAAAACACAAGCACAUGUUCGUCUGCACAACCGAACCCCAUGUACGUACGCGGUGUUUGUACACACAGAUUCUUGAUACUAGCUUUCUCUUUCUCUCACCCAUCAUCACUAGCAUUGACUCAUUCUGUUUUGGGUGUGCCUUUCUUAUGUACGCACACGGCGCACGUACAUGAUGUUUAAACUUGAAUUUGCACAUCGUUCGCUUGGGUUCGGUGUUCGAUGCGAACCAGUACACAAAGGCAAAGCAUGUUUGAGGUUGAACGCGUGCACGAAAUUUUGUACACGGGUGCAAACUUGUCGAUGUUCGUGGGACGACUGCUGAUCAUUAAGUGAGGUUUUUACGCAAAACAUAUUGUACAAUGUUUAUUUUAAAAUCGAAAUUUCGAGCCCUUCCGAUUUUUUUCUGGAUCAACCGCUGGUUGCUAUCAAAUAUUGUUACACAAGAUUUGGAAGACCUUCUGUUAAAACAAGGUGGGUUGUAAGUUAUACGGGUGUUACAGUCAUCGAUUUAUUGAAUACGAUUUUCGAUAGACAAAUCCUACGAAAAACGAUAACGUCGGUUGGCUGCUUCGUUCUUGCGGUUUGGCGUUUAUAGAAUUUUUGUGCUAUGUCAAGCUUCUUGUCUACACUGACAAACAGUAAAUAACUGAUGAGCUAGGGGUCAGCAUCGAAUGCGUUACUCGUGAAAUUUCAUCAGUCGUUCUCGAAAAAAUGACCAAAAUUCAACCGACAGAUUUGGAUAUGCAAGACGUAGUUGUGGUUGAUAUUGGUCAAAAGUUGUCUCAAAACAUUAACCCUUUGCGACGCAGUGGUACGUAUACGUCCCACCUACUUCUCCUAAAUUUUUAUUGGAUUUCUAGCACUAGUUUACAAAUUUUGGGUUAAUUGCAUGAAGUUAAGAAAAAAUAUGUUUUCUAAGUCAAUUUUGGGUCGCUGAACACGAAAAUCAUAUCCAUUUUCUUUUUCAAAGAACCGUUUUUGUGAUUUUUUAAAAAAAAGGUGCUUUUGAGCACUUUUUGCAGUUUUUGACCAAUAUCUCGGGAACAAAUCUUCUCAUUAACAAAAAACGACUCACCAUUCGAAAGAUAUUGAUGUGCUCAUUCCAAAAAUGUAUAACAUGUUGGAUAAAAUAUCAACAAUUUGGGUUAUGAGCAACCAAAGUCAAAAAAGUAGUGUUUGAUAAAAUUACUAAUUUUUGGUUGAUUUUUCAUAAAAAAAUAAAUCAGUAAAAAAUCUUUUAAAAUUUCAUGUGACAGGCAAACUUCUCACGUGAAUUUUAAGCCUAAUACCACGAAAAUCCGACAAAAACUGGUGAUGUUAUUAGGCACCGAGUGAAAAUUGCUCUGUUUUUCACAUAUCUCUUAAAUACGAUUGCACUAGUUUACAAGAAAAAUGAAGUUACGAGAAAAAGUGAUUUCUAGAUUAACCCUUUCAUGCCCAACUUUUUUCUAGUGCAUGUAGGGUUUCAAAACUAUUUUUCCUUGAAAACGGUGGGGUCAAGAAACUCGAAAAACCUUUUUUCAGAAAGGUAGGUGCUUUCCUUGCAGUGCUAGAAGCUGCUCAAUUUUUACCUUCCAAUGCUCAGUACAAUUCUCCUAGAGUAUUUACAAUAGUCCAACUGCGUGAAAAACGUAGCCAAAAAUAGUCUAAAUUGAUAAGUUUUAUCAGUUUUCACUAAUAUUGCAACAUAACGAAGUUAUAUGAAAAAUUCAUUUUUCGUCGUAAACGUAAACGGUCCCUGGCGGCACUGCUCCAUUGGAGUUCAAUCAGACUAAUUGCAAUAACUUAAGUUCUAGAGCUGAUCCUUAUAACUGUUAAUACUCAAAUGAAAGCUAAUAGUCACAUUUGUUAGCCUUACUUGUUUUUGUGAGCAAAUCUUGCCUCAAUCAAAAGUUAUAGGUGUUUAAAAACGUUGUUGUCCACAAACAACAUGGGCCUGAAUGGGUUAAUUUCGGGUCGCUGAAUACGAAAAUAAUACUCUAUUUCUCUUUCAAAGAAGUGCGAGUUUAAAAAAAACGUUUUUCUUUUGCUUCCGCUUUUUUCAAAGGUUUUCUUUUUUUAUGUCUUCAACUUGACUUUAUGACAAGUUGGGGUCAAUUGAAAUUUUUUACACUUUCUAAGAAAAGCAACAUCUUUAUGUAAUCCCGCCAACUCAGGAAUUUCCUUUCAAAGAGAAUUUUGACAGUUGGCUUUUAAGCCGUAAUCGUAUGUUUGUCGAGAAAUGUACAUUUAUUAUGAUUACAAUCGACCAAAGUAAAAAUAAUUCUAAUGUUCGGCCUUUUUUAAAAAAAAUGCAUAUUUCUAGUAAUUUUUUUUAUAAUAAAUCAAGGACAGAAGAAAAUUCUUUUAGAAUCUAAUGAGACAAACAAUCUUUUUGCAUAAAUUUUAAUCCAAUAGUCACAAAAGUCGGAUGAAAAAUGUAGAUGGUAUGAAGCACUGAGUGAAAAUUGUAACUUUUUAUUUUUCGCGCAAUCAUAAUUUCGGCUUAAAUAAUCUUCUAUACUUGAUAGUUAUUGUUUGUGUUGGGUACUGUCUUCUCGAGCUUGCAUCCAUCCAUCCUGCGGCAUUUGAAUGGUUUUGGAUAUUUCAUUGUACAACUAAGUCCUCUUUUUAAAAUGUGGAAAUUUCGUUGGAAAAGUUUUGUUUUGUCUGUGGUGAGUAAAUAUUUUACGAAUUAAAGGAAUUUUAGCCUUCUGCUUCAACAGGCUUCACAGCAGAUUCUCAGUUCACAGAAUAUUACAUGGCUAGUGCUACGAUCCCACUGAGACUCCUUCCCGAUAGGGACUCGAAUAUUUGACGACUGGCUUAUGAGACCAGUGCUACACCCUCUAAACCGCCGCACCAGGGCAGGGUCCACUAACAUCAUAAAAUUUCCAUUUCGCUCAAUGUGCCAUAGCAUCAACAUUUUCCAUCCGAUGUUAGUGAUAUUAGGCUUAAAAUUAACGUAAACAUAUUAUUCGUCAUCUUAGAUUCUAAAAGGUCCGAAAAAAAAUUGUUUUUCGGUAAAAAAAAUCAUUUAAAAAUUAGUUACUUUUAAAAACGGUCAAAAAUGCACUUUUUUAAACUUUGGUCGCUUGCAGCACUAAAAAUUCUACAUAUGGAUGACACAUAUUAUAUGUUUUUGGAAAGGGCAUCUCGGUAUCUUUCAACCUGCAUAUUGACUAAAUUAAUUGAAUGAUUUUGACAAGAAAUAUUGAUUAAAAACUACAAAAAGUGCUCAAAAACGAGUUUGUUGAGAAAAUCACAAAAUCGCUUCUUUGAACAAAAAAAUGAAUAUUGAUUUCGUAUUCAGCGACCCAAAAUUAGUCUAAAAAAUACUUUUUCUUGAAGCUUCAUUUUUCUUGUAAACUAGUGUAGUUAGCGUUGACAUAUAAAUACGAUUUUUUUCUUUUAAUCAACUCUUAAGGAUGUAAGGAGUACAACUAGCACAAAAAAUUAUGUGAAUUUGUUAAUUCCUUAAACAAUUAAAACUCGAAAAUCUCGUUCUUUUACAAUAACUUCGGCUGUGUCUGAACUAAAAGUCCUAGAGAUCUAAAAAUAUUUUUGCAAGUAUCUUAAACAUUGAACUAAAUAAUAGAUUUUUUGUAGAAAUUUUCAUAGGUUUUUUCGAAAAAAAAUGAUCAAAACAUGCAUGGAGUUUAUUAUUAUGUUGGUCUAUAAAAGUAAGAAUUUAUUAUUAUGUUGGUCUGGUCUAUAAAAAAUUCUGAGCGACAGGGAUGACUUCUCAGUUAGCAUAAAUAUAGAAUAUGUAGUUUUUGAGGUCGCUGAUUACGGGUCUGAUAACAGAAUUUGUAAAUUCAAAAUGUCGGCUACACAAUGGCAGCCAUUUUUAUGAAAUUUGCGAAUUUUGUUACAAUGAGCAUAAAACAGUCGCAAUAUUGUAUCCGCCAUUAUGAAUUUUAAGUUUUCGACAUUAGAAUCAAAAUCAGCGUCCCCGAAAACCUAUAUAAAGCUAAAAAUAACAAUAUUAACUAUGAAAAAAAAAUCGUGUCGCAAAGAGUUAAGUAACUUUUCACGUUUAUGAGUUUCAGAGAAUCAUUUUAAAUCAUUCUUUCGAGGAUAUCAAUUAUCUGCGAUGAAUAUGUUCUGUAACAUAUAGAUUCGAAUUGUUGAUAUUGGUGAUACAUUUGCGGUGUUGGCAGAAAAAAAAUUUCAUUCAAAAUUGCAUUCAAUUUGAUCAUUUUAUCGCAAAAUCGUAAUAACAUGUUCAAAAAAAUCCUAGUAAGUUACUGUUUUCGGAAAAUUUGUAAACCAUUUUGAACUAUCACACUUCUAUCUUGUUGGGGUGGGAUGGUGUCUUUUUUUGUAUUUGAGUGAAAUAGUGUCUUUUCCCCUAUAAACUUCAAACGUGAUGCGCAAAGCCUCCAAAAUUUACAGUCAUUUGAGCCCCAAAAAGGGAUUGAAAAGUACCGUGCUCGCUCAUUCAAUGUAUGUUUUUGUUUAAAGUAUAUUUUUCAUACGGACAGAACAAAACUCACAAUUUAUUUCAUUCCCAAAUUAAAUUAUCACAUUCUGUCAAUUAUUAUUAAUUGAAUUCUUGACAUUUGUUCAAGAAAGAUUUCAACAUGUCCGUACAUACUUGUUCAUUCAUUUCACUACUAUACAUUACACACCGAAUUAGCCAAAACUACCACAUAGAGAAGAUCAAAACUUAUUGCUAACAGCAUGAAUAUGAAUAUAUAAAGCACGUUAAAUAGGGAAAAAGCCAGCUAGCCGUAAAUAGAACUAUCUAACAAACAAACAAAAACGAACACGAGUUAAACAUUUUAGCAAAACAAAUUAUAAAACCACUAUUGUAAUAGAUUCAAAAUAAGCUGUUUUUAAUGUACCUGUGUAUGAAAAGCUUGUAAAUUAACAAGAAACCAACUUUAGUCGUAAGCAAGAAACCGCAACAGAACCGAAAACUCUCUCCCACCAAUGUUUGACUCUAGUGUAGCGAACAGACAAGAAAAAUGCCAUAGUUUUAGAAAUCGAAGUUAUCGCAGAAAAUAAAUCCACCAGCAACAUGUUUGGCCGAGCGCUAGACAAAAAAAGAAAAAAAAAACAUGAAGAAUUCCAGAAUUUAUUUUGAGCGUGAAAAAAAGAAUGGACUCUUUCGGAAAAUGAUUUUAGAAGGAAUAUCUACUAUUAUUGUAUUAUAGUACUAAAUUGAUUUCAGUCUAAUGUUCAGUUCUAGAAAACGAAGCGAGAUAAUGGAGAAAGUAAAAAACAGACAAAUGUUAUUUAAUAUUCAGAGAUAAUAUUAGAGCGGAUAAGGAGAUGCAAUUGUUCCAAUAAAAUGCAAAGCAGAAAAUAUAUGUUUAUGAAAAAAUA